UUGUUGCGCUAAUGAUGAAAAAGAAUUAAAUAUGGGUGAUGUUGAGAAAGGCAAGAGGAUUCUUAUGCAGAAGUGUUCCCAAUGUCACACGGUGGAAAAGGGAGGCAAGCACAAGACUGGGCCUAAUCUCCAUGGUGUCUUUGGGCGGAAGAUAGGUCAGGCCUCUGGAUUCACUUACACUGAAGCCAAUAAGAACAAAGGCAUGGACACGGCCGUCGCCAUGGUGAAGCUGAGCAAAGAGGCCAAGCAGAGGCUGCAGCAGCUCUUCAAGCAGGGCCAGUUUGUCGUCAGCUGGGGUUUUAUUCCUCUUGUGAUUUACCUGGGAUUUAAGAGAGGUGCAGAUCCUGGAAUGCCUGAACCAACUGUUUUGAACCUACUUUGGGGAUAAAGGAUUAUUUGGUCUUCUGGAUUUAGAAGCAAUUAGCAGACAGCAUGGAAGAUGUGUGCUCUGGCUUGGAUAAGAGAUGGGACAUCGUUCUGUUGCCAGUUGGAUGGCACAAGGUUCAUCACAGAUGAAUCUGUAGCAGAGCGGAACUUGUACUAACUUACUAUAGAAUGUAUCAGAAUAAAUGUUUUUAACAAUGUUAAAAAAAAAAAA